GCAAAACAAAAAACAAAACAUGGCUAAAUUCAUGCAAAUCCUUUUCGUUGCCUUCUUGGCCGUAGCAUUAGUCGCUGCCGAACCAAAACGUUUCCAAGGUAGACGUAAUCGUUUCUUGGCUCGCCAAGAAUUGGAAGAACCUGUUACCCCUUAUCCAAGUGCCGAUGAAUUGAAACCCGAAGUUCCUUUUGAUGAAGCUGUUGCCGCUGAGGGACAAACUCCAUUCACCCCUGUUGCUGCCGAAGGCGAAACUCCAUUGACACCAGUAGCUCCAGAAGGCGAAACUCCCUUCACCCCUGUUGUUACCGAAGAAGAAACUCCCUAUACACCCGAUGAAGUCUAUGGUCCACCAGAAGAAGAUGAAGCUGUCGUAGAUACUCAAGAUGUUGUUGAAGAAGAAUAUGUUCCAACUGAAGAAGAAAUUGCCUCUGCUCGUUUAACUUCUCGUCGUGGCGCUGUCCGCAAAGCUGCUGUUCGUCCAGCUAAAUUGCGCAAACCUAUCCGUGCUCGUCCCGCUAAAUUGCGUAAAGCUGUCCCAGCCCGUCUCCAAGUCCAGCCACAAUAUGUUCCUCAACCUAUCUUCUACUACAUCGCUCAUUAA